GAACCAUGCCUGUACGGUUAGUCAGUGUGCGACGUUUGUAACGAGUGGAGGCUUCUCUCAUAAGCGCGAUCUCGGAGAGCGUUGUACAAGCGUGUAUCAAGCGGAAGAGCCCUGCCUCCCUUAAAAGAUCUCGAAAGAUCGCGUUCGUUGAAAAGAAUCUUCGUUUGGUAUCGUAACUCGUUUUCGGGGUACGGCCGUUAGGUUGUCGGGAGUGAGAGUUUGUUGAACCGUUGUUAAUCUGGUGCCGCGUAUUCCAACAUAACCGCCAUUGUUCAGGAUGCUGUUCAAAAGCUUGCUUCUGCUGAGCGUGUAUGCCGUCACCUGCUAUGGCCAAUCAAAAGUGCCCGUAUACGUGUACUACGAAUCGCUCUGCCCGGAUAGUGCUCGGUUUAUCAACGAACAGCUGUAUCCGGUGGCGAAGGAGCUCAAAAAGAAUCUAGAGCUGCAUCUGGUGCCCUUCGGCAAGUCGUCCUAUACGACGCAAGGUUCGGAUGUGAUGUUUACCUGCCAUCAUGGCGAAAACGAGUGUUACGGCAACAAGGUGCACGCAUGUGCGAUCCAACAUAUCCAGGGUAACUCGUAUCAGCCGAACAUUUCCAAGGAAGACCUCACCCUCGACUACGUCAACUGUUUGAUGCACCGUGCCCAGCUGAAGGACGGUGCAUUCCCCACGAAGCGCUGUGCCGAUGAGGUGAAAAUAGACCAGUGGCAAGCUAUCAUGGAUUGUGCCAACAGCACUGAAGGAAGCCAGCUGCUGAAGCAACACGGUGAUGUGACUAACAAGCUGCAGUCGCCGCUAAAAAGUGUUCCUACCGUCGCCUUUAAGCAGACUUACGAUGAUGAGCUGCAGAAACUGUCUGUGAGCAGCUUCCGUCACGCGCUGUGCAAAAACUUGAGCCCACAGCCCGUCGAGUGUCUCGAUCUUCCAUCCACUGGCUCAGCCAUUAGCUCGCUCGGUAUGAUCGUUACUGCGGUCGCUGUUCUCAUCUCUAGACUGCUCUAAGCAGCACUCCGUCCAGUGGGGGUAUUGAAUCUUACUCUUCUAAAGAACACUUAUUAGUAUUGUAGGAUAAAACAAGUCAGAAUGUCUUCUUUUAUUGGGAACAUAUUACAAAAAAAAACACUCAUCGACUCCAGGAUGCGCGUACAUUCAUAAACUCCGUCCAACACAAUGCACAUCCCUUUAGAUGUCUUACGACUAUGCUAUUUUAAAAAUAAAGUAUGUCUGACUCGAA